CAAGGAUGAGUCAACGUACCCUUCAAAACUAUCAUUGUUGCCUGCGAGGGAAAGGGCAAGUGAAUCCAUCACUGCGACCCGCAUUUCUUCGCUGCUGCAUUGGAGCUUCGAUUCGCGAGAACACACAAACUCUUACCACAUACUUCGUUACCGCCCGACACAACCCAGCACAAACAUUCAUUCAUUCCUCAGCCUUCAGAAGAGCAGAACAUGUCGCGGCCCUCAACUCGCCGCCCCUUCGGGGCCAGAGCAGCUCUGGAGGCGCUCUCCGAGGACCUCGGAGCUAUGCAUAUCCCGCCUCUUCCCAAGGGACCUACGACUCUGGAUUCUCUCCCGGAGGAACUUCUCGACCAAAUAAUCUCGUACUUUACUCCAAAUCCCGGCCCAAUCUCCGCGACAUCGACAGCACAUCGGAUCGCCAACCUACCGCGCAUCUCCCACGUCUCCAAUCUCGCAAACCUCUCCCUACUCUCUCGGAAAUUCAACCGCAUCACAGAACCUCACUUAUACCAUACCAUCCCUGUCGUUCUCGCUGAAUUCGAGCGCUGGGAAAAAGUCCUGGUCCGUGGCGGGGCGGAUCUCUCGUAUGCAGUGCCAACGACGAGGGGAUGCAACGCCUCUCUACUCCUCCGAACGUUUAAGGCUCAUCCGCAACUCGCCCAACAUGCCCGCAUUAUCAUUGUAUGGCGCCACGACCUCGGAUUUCACGCGCGCCGACAGCUUGGCUUAUAUGGCUACGAGUCCGGAUCUCCCUUCAAGGUCAACGCGGACGACUUAGCCCUCAUGGAGAAAUCACGGGUCCCGCUCGUCGACAGCUAUAGCUUGGAGCGAAGCAAGCCCCACACUCUCAGCAUAGAAAUGGAUCCCGUCUACAACGUGUUCCGCGAAUUGCUGCGAGUGCUGCCACGCGUGGAGAGGUACGAGAUGAGCUUAUACAGAACGGAUGCGCCAUGGAAUACGGUGCUAGAUGCUCUGCAGAGCAUUGGAAGUCUGGGCGUUAGUUUCCCUAGGACGCCGCUUCCGAAAAUCCUCGAUUCAGUCAAGGACGUGACAUUAGCGAGCUGCGGGGAUGUGAUGGAGUACUGGCCUCUGUUUACGCUGCCUGCUCUUGCGACUCUCGAGCUAUGUGGUGCGCACUUCAAGAAAAAGAGCAACAGGAGGUUACUGCGAAAUUGGGCCUCCCUCUCCCCCUCAUCGAGCUUAAAGGAUCUUACACUCUCACGAAUCCUCGCCGCCGCUAACCUCUCCGCGGCCGAAAACCCCAUGGCCCUCCUCUCCCGCGCCUGCACCGCUCUCACAGCUCUUCGUAUAACGCAAGCUGCACUUCCGGGAGGCACGGUCGCACGUGAUUUCACUCGAGCCUGCAUAUCCAAUUUCCUCCUCCACCUUCCCACCCUGAGGGACGUCGCUAUUCACGAUGAGUACAUGCGGCCGAUCUCGUACAAUGUCCUAGAGGCCCUCACACUCCAGGAUACCAUGGCCCAGUUUCGAGACUCUACUGGAAACCUACGGCACCUAAUACUCAACGCGGUCGAUCUGACCAAGCUUAUGCCCGCUAAGGAAUGCCACGCCGAAAUAGAAGGCAUCAUAUGGAAGAAGUGCACCACCACCCAAAGCCAGCGCCUCUUCCCGCGCAUCGACAUCACGCUGCCGCGUACGCUGCAAACCUUUACCCUACGAGUCAGAAGCGAGCGUGAGCACCGGGCAGCCCUCUUCUCCGUGAUACGAGCUUUGGGCCUCGACAUCCGUGCGCGGUUUCCUCAGCUGAAGCGCUUUACCAUCUGCUGGCUUCCGGGUUCGGGAAAGCCGUACGGGCUGCAGGCCCAUCGCGGCCACGUUGAGACAUUCGCUGAGCAGGGGGUUGAGCUAAGUGAAUGGGUUCUGGAUCCGCCGACGGAGAGGGCGCGGCUGGCGGGAGUGGAUGCGCAGAGAGUAGCGCGCGGCUUGGGACGUCUUAGUGAAUAUGGCGCGUUCAUGGAAUGAACUGUUCCGCUGCAGCUCGAGGGGUAUUGAACACAGAAGCCGGCCGGUUAACGCAAAGCUGGGCAUGGAUAUGUGAAGAUUGUUCAGAUUC